AUGUCACUGUCAUCAGUCUUUCAAACGUUCCUCCAUUUUUAUUUUAAUUAUCAUUAUGUCGAAUCUGCUUCAUCAUAUAUUCAUUCAACUUUUGCUCGUCGUGUACAAUUUACUCUUCGAAUUGUGAUUUCAUUUCUUGUUGGUGGUUUUCUUGCGUACAAAUCACCACUUAGUGAUCAAACUUCACAAGGAUUUUUAAUUCCUCUCAUAAGUGUCAUGAGUUUACAAGAAACAUUUGGCUUAACAGUAGCUGCUUGUUUUCAAAUGCUGUUAGGACUUAUACCUAGUACCAUCUUCCUUUUUAUCGUUCAAAAGAUUGGUCUCGGUUAUCAUGAUUAUCUCGCAGCUGAACUCAUAUUACUUGUCUCAUCUUUUUUCAUUGCUUUUAUUUGUUCACAGAGUCAAACACGAAAAAUUCCUUUAGUACUAUGUGCAAUCUUUUUUGCAACAAUAGUCAAUCAACGUAGCAUUCCAUCAACAUUUAUCUUUCAAUUACUUGAAACAUUUGUUAUUGGAAUGGCUAUAGCUGUACUAGUAUCUUUGACUAUCUUUCCAGUUUUUGCUACAAUAGAUAUUGAAAAUCGUGUUAAUUAUUGUUUAUUGAAUCUACAAGAAAUGCAAAAAUCAAUUACUAAAGCAUUUCUACAUCAAGAUAAAAUAAGUGCACAAAUAUCGCUUACUCGUACGUCAACUAUUGAAGAGAUUAUUCUUACAGCAAUAGGUCCAAUUCGUAUGAAACUUGUUGAAACUCGUUUUGAACCAUCUCGAUUUUUACAACGUAUAUUUAAUCGACGUCGAAGGCAGAUUAUUAAUUUAACAAUACAAGAACAAGAUGAUCUUAUCAUGGCAUGGUUCCUGCACGUUCGUUCAAUGGAAUUGAUGGUUAAACAGUGUCGAUUCAAUGAAUAUCAUCGUGAUUUAAUACAAGAACUAGAAGCAAAACUUCAACAUAUCUGUUUAUGUCAAUCAGUUAUUAUCUCGACUAUGACUACAUCUUCAUCGAUAACGAAAGAUGAAUUUUUCCAUCAAGUAUCUGAUCUUGAGCGAGCUGGUGAAGCACUUCGUGCAACAUAUAGUGAGGCACGUCUUCGACGUCUUGAGGAUGCUCUAGAAUCUGCUGCGAUUAUUCAAUCAGAAGAUUAUCUUUCACAUAGUUUCUUUCUCUUUCAAUUCGAUAGUAUUAUACGACUUUUUACACGAAUAAUAACAACGAACGUAAAGAAAUCCGUACCAGCUAAGAAAAAACAAAGUCUAAAAGAUCGAUUAACACCUAAAUGGUCACGUUUAUUUUCAGCGACUAAAUGUAUGAUCAUAGUUGGAAUUGGUUCAAUUUUUGUCAUGGUAUCUCCAUUGGCGACAGCAUUUGAAAAUGGACAAUGGAUUUUUGUUGCUAUUUGCAUGACACAAGGGGAUUCGGUAGGUGGAGCAUUUACAACUAUGAAAAUGAGACUUCUUGGAACGUUACUCGGAGCAAUGUGGGCAUAUGUAACAUAUUUAGCAGUUCAUGAUGAUGUCUAUCAAACAUUUGGAAUGUUAGUUCCAUGGAUUCUUGUUUUUGGUUAUAUAAGACCAUUGCCAAAACUGAAUUAUACAGCUACAGUAGCUAUGAUCACUCCAAUUCUAAUUACUCUUGGUCGAAUACCAUAUGGAAAUACGUUACCUGCAGGAAACUAUGCUCUUCUUCGAAUCGAAGAGAAUCUUGUCGGUAUUGGAGUUGCUGCCGUUCUGACUCUUAUCAUCUUUCCAGUUUUUGCUAUUGAUUUACUCAAGGAUAAUAUUCAAAGUACUUUUCAAGCUUGUCGUGAUAAUAUCAAUUCCAUACGUUUAAUCUAUGAUCAAUUAUUUUAUAAUAAACAUUUAAAUGAAAUGUCAAUAGAUAUUGAGAAAGAAGAACAAAAUAUUCAAUCAUUUUUUGAUGUUCAACGAAGUCAUAUUUCUCAACUGAUCACAAUUCAACGAAAUCUCAUUGAACAUGCAUCAAGUGAACCAAGUUUUUGGUGGGUUAACAAUAACUGUUCUAUCAAACGUUAUAAAACGCUUGUUCAACAAGAAAUUGAUAUGUUUCAAAUUUUUUAUUGUAUUGAUACAGCGUUGAUGCGUAUACAUGAAUGUUCCACCAAUAAUGACGUACAUAUAGAAAAUAUUCAAAUCUAUCCUAUCAAUGAUGAUUUUUUUUCAAAUUUUCAUACUGAACUUACUACAUUGAGUGAUCGAUUGAGUGAAUGUCUCAAUCUAUGGUCAUCGUAUUUUGCUCUUACUCAAAGACGAUCUCAUCGAUUUUUGCAUCAUUUUAUCUGUUCGAAAACAAAAUUAGUCGAAAAUGAUCUUUUAAAACAUGAGCAAAAGCUUGUAGAACUACAUGAAGCAAUCUAUCGUCUUCAAAGUCAACAUCAAGAUGCUGUACAUAAAAUAAUGGAACAUUAUCUCGAUCGAUUAACGCAAGGAGAUGCACUCUCCACUUUUGUUCCAUAUAUGAACAAUAACGAGACCGAUUCGAUCUUAAAUGCUAUUUCGGCUAUGUACUUUUCGACAACUGAACUUAUUCGAGUAGCACUAGCUUUGGGCACAUCUAUUCAUUCUAUUUUUGAACUUGAAACAACAAAUCGUUAUGCAUUUUAUUAA